AUGGAUUCAGAAAAAGACAUUGAAAAGGAGCAUGUUCUUUCUAAACGUUUAAAUAAAAUAAUCCAGGCUAGAAUUGAAAACGAUGAAGAAACUAUAAACGCAUUCAAGCAGCUUUCUACUUUUUAUACAGAAAAUAGUUUACAAGCCCGUAGAAACCUAAGAAGUCAAAUAGAAAAACGGAGUUUAGAUAUUAAUAAACAGUUCUUAUCUUCAUUUUUAGAAGUAAAAAACUCAUUUGACUGUAUUUAUAAUGAUAUUGCAGAUAUGAGCAAAUCAAUACAAGAAAUGGAAAAUAGACUACACAACACAAAAACUCAAACCAAACAGUUGUUACAACAAACUAGUAUUUUACAAAAUGAAAGGAAGAAAAAUAUAAUUCAGCAAAACAUUGUUAAUGCUUUUCUAGAUAGAUUUCAACUAUCUGAAGAACAUUUACAUAUUUUGCAGGGGGGUAAAGAGCAACUACUAACUCCAGAAAUAUUCUCAGUUAUAGACCGUGUACAAAAAAUUCACAAUGAUUGUAAGAUUCUUAUGCAGUCUGGCCUCCAGACAUUAGCCUUAGAUAUUAUGGAACAAAUGACUUUAUAUCAGGAAGCAGCUUUAGAACGUUUGUAUAGAUGGACACAAAAUCAUUGUAGAAACGUUGAAAAUCCAGAUUUAACUGAAUUAAUAACGCAAGCAAUGCUUAGGCUUCAAGAUCGGCCAGUCCUAUUCAAAUAUGUGAUUGAUGAAUACUGCAUAUGUCGAAGAAGUAAAAUCACAGACGAUUUUGUAAACGCUCUAACAAGAGGAGGACCGUCUGGCAACCCUGCGCCUAUUGAAAUGAGGGCUCAUGAUUCCCAAAUUUACGUUACUGACAUGUUGGUGUGGUUGAAUAAAGCAAUAGCGAUAGAAAAACAGAAUUUGAGUCUUUUGCUGAUGCUUUGUACCAAAAAUGAUUCAAAUGAUAUCAUAACCGAUUCCUUAGCUGUAAUUUGUGAAGGCAUCUGUCAGCCUCUAAAAAUGAGAGUCGAAAAAAUCAUAAACGUUCCAUCACAAGCUUCAGUAUUAUAUUCAGUUGUAAAUUUGCUACGUUACUACAAAAAAUGCAUUUGUAAAAUCGUCAACAAAGGAUUAAUACAAGAAACUUUACAAGAACUGCAAGAAAAUUCUGAAAAAUCGUUCUUGGCAACAUUGCAAAAUCAGGUCGACAGCAAAUUGGUUAGGGUCGAAGCGCCGCCUAGAGAUUUAUCGCCAACUUUGGCAAUCACGAAUUUAUUGGCUAUGUUAAGAGACAUUUUAUCCACUGCCAAUAUGAGUGAAGGGAGAGAAACCGACAUGGUCAAGAUUGCUCAAACCAUAAUGGAACCUCUUCUUAGAGCAGUAAACGAACAAUCGUCUCGUUUACCCCCAACAGAUAUGGCAGUAUACAUGUUAAACUGCAUGUACGAGAUGUACACCUGUCUGUCACUCUACGAGUUCAUGGAUGACAGAUUGGAACGUUUGGAAGCACAAUCUGAUGCGCAAAUCGACACUUUGACGUCCGAACAAGCAGGAUCUUUAGUGGCCAACUUGAAUUUGGGACCUAUUUAUACAAUCCUGCAAGAUCAGAGUCACGGGGCGUUGUCUGAAGUACCUGGAAUGGAGCCCAGUAAUCUUAGAAAUUUCUUAGAAAAAAUGGACUACCUGGCUGCACAUCCUGAUAGUGCUCUAUUGCAGCAAAUUAAUUUAUUAACAUCAUCUAAACAUAAAAAGUCUGUCCAGAAAAGGUCGUUUGAUGUACUUCUGGCCAUUUAUAAGCAACUCUAUCAAGCCGUUUUGGACCCUGUAAAUAAAUAUGACAGUCCUCAUGUUAUAUUUAAUAAAACUCCUGAUGAACUGGAAAAGAUUUUUUCGUAA